GAAGAUGAUACAUUAGGAGAAAAUUUAUUCUUGUCAAUAUUUGGUUUGGAUUCUAUGCCAGAAUGUGAGCUGUGCGACAAUUUGGAGCCGAAAUCUACAUGUAAACUUUGUGACAAUUGGUUGGGAGAUUAUGAUCUCGUUAAGCAGUCGUCUAACACAGAUAUUUUUCCAUAUGACAUAGCAGCAUACCUACCAACACGUAUAUCUCCUUAUUAUAGUUUAGUUUCAGAUAUACUUGAACCAGUAAGUGAAUGGACGCUACAAGAAGAAAGCUAUGGAUUCUAUCUUACCGUAUCGUUUGUUGUGUUUAUACUCUUUUUUGUUGUCAGAAAAACAACAAGGAACAUUUCAUCUAAAGUAUCGACAGGCCUGAGACAACAUGCUCCUGAAAAGCAUAAAAACAGAAGACACAUCGGGUAUAGCUCAGUGACCGAAAAGUCAAUCAUCUCACAAAAACAACCAAGAGAUAUCGAUUGGAUGGAUAAACUGAGAAAGAUAAAGAAACCACAAAAACAUGUACUUUCAAAGCAAGGAAUGAUCGUCUUAAAGAAGAUGCAUCAUUCGUCAGGAGAUGGAUGUUUUAAUGUUUUAACUGAAGAAAGCUGUAGACUUGUAUCAGUAAGAUCUGGAAUACCGUCAAAAUCCCUCCGCGUGUUUGACUUAAGAGGUCUUGACGAUGUUCCAGACAAUGUAAUGAGCACAUUGCUUUGUGUUAGACCGCAAUGCACGCAACAUCCACAUAAGAGUAUCCAGAAAUAUGGACCAAAGCUUGUUUGUGAUGCAGACGCGUUUGGUCUUGAGCACGUGGACGACAACAUUCAACGUUUGCAGCUGGGUAAAGAUAAUGAUGCUGAUGUGGAAAACCUGUACCACGAUGGUGGAUAUAGUAACUCUAAGGCAGGCGAUAAUUUAAUGCUAGAUGAAGAUAACCAAUGCAAUGAAUUAGGGCCACCGUGUGCAAGUUCAAGUUUUAUCAGCAAUACAAGUUCAAUGAGUAUCCCAGGGGAACAAAAUGAUUCCAAUUUAUCAAACAACCAUUUUGAUCCAUUCAGUUCUUUAGAUGAAUCAAGUACACCAAACGUGUCUCAUUUUCAAAAAUAUCUGGAUACUAGCGUCACAUGGUUUGGAGGUUUAUACAGUUACAGUCGAGAGACUUCGUUUGCAAGUUUUAGACGAGAUAAUCUUGAUGAAAGCGUUUCAUGUGGUCUUGACGAAUUAGAAAAAUCUCUUGACAUAAGUAAAAUGCAGAAGAGUCUUUCACUUUAUGGCUUUGAAACAGAUUCUGUGUUUCAGUUGUUGACUGUCUAUCUUGCAAAACAAGUUAUUGGAAAAGUAAAAGAAGCUUGGGUAGCAAUCAGGACGAAAACAGCAGUCAGUAAUGCAGCAAAGAGUUCUGACUACAACAAUAAUCAACUUGGAAAAGAACUGGAUAUAACUGGUUUUGCUGUGUACAACUCAAAAUACAAUUAUGAAUAUCAAAAUUGGGAUUGUGAUAAUUAAAUCCUUUGUAUCAUGAUUAUCGUGCAUUAUGCAAGUAUCUAGAAUGCCAUAUGAAUUAUGGUUUGCUAUAUUAUGUAUAAGCGUCUGUAAUAAGAUCAACACAACAUGCAAAUAAAAUA